ACGGUUUCUUUUCGUGACAGUCACAUAUUCCAAGAUGGCGGAAGGACAGCAUUGCACAACUCCGAGUGCUCUUAGAUGCUAUGCCCUACGACUAACCCCCGGCCAAGAUAUCACUGAACAUUUAUACAAGUUUGUAGAUGAUAAUAAUUUAAAAUCGGCUUUUAUCWUGACAUGUGUUGGAAGCGUUACUAGGGCGACUUUACGAAUGGCKCACGCGACUGCAGAAAAUCGAAACGAGAUAAUUGAACUUGAAGACUGCUAUGAAAUAGUGUCCCUUGUUGGGACGCUAUCUGGUGGGGGUCACCUUCAUGUGUCGCUGUCAGAUAAACAAGGCAAUGUUGUCGGAGGUCAUGUGAUGGGAAACAUGAAAGUUUUCACUACUGCAGAAGUCAUCAUUGGUGAAUGCACUCAAUUUGUUUUUGACAGACCGAUCGAUGACAAAACUGGUUUUGAUGAACUCAGAAUACAGACAAGAUCGUAGUUAAGGAUAAAACAAAGAUUUUACUAAUUGUCAUUGUAUUCAAAGCCAAGGUUGAUUACAAAAAAGAUGAUUUUCCUGAUUUGUUCAUAUUACAAUAUAACUCUUGUACCUUUUCUUAUCAAAAUGUCCCAAAAAAUGAAAAUACAUCGGUACGAGCAUUUUCAAUUGCAAUUUAAUACUUAUAAACCAACUAUUCAUUUGUAUGACUUUAAUGAAAAGAGUUCUAUUUUUGCAUUGUAUGCUAACUGUUCCUAAAAAAGAUUACCUUUAGACGUACAUUAGUUUUUGUAUUACAAAUGAUUUUAUAGUGCUUCCAUGGAUGCUUUUGUUCAAUCUUUGUUGGCAAGAGGAUCCAUAAUAACACUCAAACCAACAGAUUCAGCAUUGAUCUUGAUCUUAUAACUGUAUAAUAAAUAUACCAAUAAUUGAAAUUAUUAUGUCUAUUAUUGGUUCAAA